CCCACAGCAGCGAUCGCCGGAGCCCCCCUCGCGCCGGCGAUCGCCAAGCAUGGCUGCUAUCCCGGCUGAGGCGCCGGCGCCGGGGCCGCCACCUCCGUCCGUGCACCAGCCGCAGCGGCGGCGGCGGCCGUGCGUCCUCCUCAGCUUCUCGGCCGCGCGCGACCGCUUCCUCCGGAGCCGGUUCCUCUCCGCGGGCCUGCGCCCCUUCUCCGUCCGCCUCCCCUCGCCGGCCGGCACCAGCACCGUCGUCCACCUCUGGGCGCCCCCGCGCCCGGUGCGGCGCCCCGUGCUCCUCCUCCACGGCUUCGGCGCCUCCGCCACCUGGCAGUGGGCCCCCUACCUCCGCAGCCUCCUCGCCGCCGGCCUCGACCCCAUCGUCCCGGACCUCCUCUUCUUCGGCGCCUCCUGGUCCACGCUCCCCGACCGCUCCGAGACCUUCCAGGCCAGGACCAUCAAGGCUGCCAUGGACGGCAUGGGCGUCCGGCGGUUCGCGGUGGUCGGCGUCAGCUACGGCGGCUUCGUCGGGUACCGGAUGGCGGCCAUGUACCCGGAGGCCGUGGAGCGGGUGGUGCUGGUGUCUUCGGGGGUGUGCCUGGAGGAGAAAGACCUCGCCGCCGGUCUGUUCCCCGUCGCCGACGUUGGGGAGGCGGCCGAGCUGCUCGUGCCCCGGCGACCGGCGGAGGUGCGGCGGCUCGUGAAGCUCACCUUCGUCCGGCCGCCGCCCGUCAUGCCCUCCAUCUUCCUCAAGGAUUACAUCAACGUGAUGGGCUCGGAUCAUAUUCAGGAGAAGACGGAGCUUCUGCAUGUUCUCAUCAACGAUAGGAAACUGUCAGAUCUUCCAAAGAUAAGACAGCCAACGUUGAUAAUCUGGGGGGAGCAGGAUCAGGUUUUUCCGAUGGAGCUGGCGCAUAGGUUGGAGAGACAUCUUGGGGAUAAUUCUAGAUUAGUAGUGGUGAAAAACGCUGGGCAUGCGGCCAAUAUAGAGAAGUCCAAAGAGGUGUGCAAGAGCAUCGUUGAAUAUUUUCAGGAACAGGAUUCAAGUGCUUCAACGGGGGGAAGGAGGUGCAGCUGUACUGAUUGCGGGAAAUUCUGAACUAGGAUAUCUUGUGGUCGGUUCACAAAAUUUUACUGUUCCCUUGACUCUUGAACCGCUGUAAUUAUAACCAAAACCUUUUGUAAUUACAUGGGCUACAAACAUCUCC